AUGUUUCCAAAUUCCAGUACCGGAGGAUACGUAGAAGAAAAUCCCGGUUAUUUGAGUUCUCAACAUCCCGUUUUUGUACCUUCAACAAGAGGAAUCUUAGGCGGUAUAAUUACACCUGAACAUUUUGGUCCUUCUCCAAAUGGUUGGUCACAUCAACAAAGUCCCAGAAGUGAUAAUUAUAAUAAUUCUGGUCAUUUGGUAGCACAACAGAAUUCCAGCAGUCUGGCUAGUCCUUUUUACGAUGGUGGUUUGGAUUUUCAAUUUGGAGAAGGAAGAGAGUGUGUAAAUUGUGGAGCUAUUUCGACUCCUCUCUGGAGAAGAGAUGGAACAGGACAUUAUCUAUGCAAUGCUUGUGGAUUAUACCAUAAAAUGAACGGAAUGAACAGGCCGUUGGUCAAACCUUCUAAAAGGAUGACGGCGACCAAAAGAUUAGGACUUUGUUGUACGAAUUGUGGUACAAGAACGACAACUCUUUGGAGAAGAAAUAAUGAAGGUGAACCGGUAUGCAAUGCUUGCGGAUUAUAUUUUAAAUUGCACGGAAUUAAUCGUCCAUUGGCUAUGAGAAAAGAUGGAAUACAAACGAGAAAACGUAAACCAAAGAAACCUUCAUCGAAUGCAUUUUCAACCGGCGAAGUCACAAUCACAUCUGAAAAACAUAAUGAAUGCGAUCUGUCAAAUAGUUCAGACGGUUGGUAA